AUGUCGCCUCCAGCUGAUUCCGACACCAAUUCUUAUUCAGUGGAUUUGAAAGUGCUGCAGUAUGAAAAAUUUAUUGACGAAGUACUAAAGAAAGAUUUACAGAGAGUAAUGGAGCAACGAGAUGCUGUUUAUGAACAAAUAUCGCAUUACCUGCAGCUCAAGAACACCUUGCAAGCUCUGCAGGGCACAGACUCUCAAUGCCUCAAGGCAGACGUUGACCUGGGAUGUAACUUCUAUGCUCAGGCUCAAGUAGAGGACUCGUCCAAGAUCUACGUGUUAGUGGGCUUUGGCUUCUUUGUGGAGAUGGAGCACGAUGAAGCUCUUCGCUUCAUCGACAAAAAGACCAGUCAACUAACAGCUUUCACAGACCAGUUGACCAACAACUGUGCCACAAUUAAAGCAAACAUCCGCCUGGUGCUUGAGGGUCUACGGGAACUUCAGGGCCUGGUGGACUUGCCAGAACGCAGCAGAAGAGAAGUCUUUUAG